AUAACUAACACCAACCUCCCGCAAGUUAGCUAGAAUUCCCGUGCGGAUGGUUGCGCCGAACACAUGGGCCGUGCAGAAAGCAAGCUAAUUUGGCUCGUGUGGAGACGUCACGACUUCAAACGACAACACCAGCUGUGGUUCCCACCCUGUGUCACCCAUUGGCUCAACCGCUUGAAAUUAUAACAUCUAAACAACAAACUCUCCUUGUAUGUUACAUAUCUUACGGCAAUAAUCACCACGCCCGCAACCCAGAAUGCUACGCGAGCAAAUGCAAGAGGUGGACCUACUGAUUCUGGGCGCUGGAUGGACGUCCACGUUCCUGAUUCCGCAGCUGGAGGAGACCAAUAUUACGUAUGCUGCAACCACCACUACCGGAAGAGAUAACACGAUACCGUUCAAGUUCGACCCGGAGUCUGGUGAUGCGGAGCCAUACAAGCGCCUUCCAGCAGCGCAAACGGUACUUAUCACCUUUCCACUGGUGGGGCACUCCCAGUCAAAGAACAUCGUAGGCCUCUAUCGCUCGGUUCACGGCGCAAAGAACAAUUGGGUGCAACUCGGAGCCACGAGUAUCUUCAACAAACUGCCCAACGACUGGAGCGCCGAUGACGCGCCAUACGACAAGGAAGAUCAGCGGGCCGUUGCGGAAGACGAAUUACUAGCGCUUCACGGCUGUGUGCUGAAUUUAUCGGGUCUGUACGGCGGCGAGCGCGUGCCCGCGAGAUGGCUGCCUCGCCUCGGCCAGUCCAAAGACGAUGUUGCUAAGCGAGGAGCUGUGCACUUCGUCCACGGCGAAGAUGUCGCAAGAGCAAUAAUCGCAACUCAUCGGAAGUUUACGCCGGGAAAGCGCUGGAUCAUUGCCGAUAUGCGCGUGUACGACUGGUUCGAUCUCAUCAUGAGCUUCAGCUCCAUGACCGAGUCGUCUAUGACCAAGGAAGAAGUGGAGACGCGCCAGGAGUUCGCUAAAUGGGUGGGUGAACUCAUGGAAGAGCAGAAUAUCCGCGCCUUGCCGCGCGAUAUGGGAACCUUGGGCCGGAAGCUGGACUCGAGGGGAUUUUGGUACCAUCACGGGCUGUGGCCCCGACACAAGCGGUUAGCAUAGAGGCUCGGCUCGAGGAGAUUUUGAAAAGAGUCACAUAUCAACCAUGUGUGCGAGGUCGCCCGUAAUGGACACCGACUCGAUAGGCUUGUUCUUCUGGUCCAAAUGCCGCAUUGUUGCCUGGGAGGACGCUUCCGUGUAUUCUCAGGUAAUUACAAUGCUCUCUACUGGUCUGAACGCGCGCA